AUGGUUCUUCAAGAUCUCGGCCGCCGUAUCAACUCGGCGGUCACCAACCUGACCCGCGAGCAGAACCUCGAUGAAAAGGCUUUUGAUGCCAUGAUCAAGGAAAUCUGCGCCGCCCUCCUCGAAGCCGAUGUUAACGUUCGACUGGUCGGCCAACUACGAAAGUCGAUUAAAAGCACAGUCAACUUCAAGGACAUUCCCCCUGCCGUGAACAAGAAGCGAUUGAUUCAAAAGGCUGUCUUUGAUGAACUGGUGAAGCUCGUCGACCCCCAUGCGGAGCCAUUCAAGCCCAAGAAGGGCAAGCCGAACGUCAUCAUGUUUGUCGGCCUCCAGGGUGCUGGUAAGACGACAACGUGUACAAAGCUCGCCCGACACUACCAGACACGAGGCUUCCGAGCUUGCCUUGUUUGCGCCGAUACCUUCCGAGCCGGCGCUUUCGAUCAGCUGAAGCAAAAUGCCACCAAGGCCAAGAUUCCAUACUACGGUUCACUCACGGAGACGGACCCCGCCGCCGUCGCACGUGCCGGUGUCGAACAAUUCAAGAAGGAAAAAUUUGACAUCAUUAUUGUUGAUACAUCCGGAAGACACAGGCAAGAGUCGGCGCUAUUCCAAGAAAUGGUUGACAUCCAGGAGGCCAUCAAACCGGAUGAGACCAUCAUGGUGCUGGAUGCCUCUAUUGGUCAGCAGGCCGAAUCGCAAGCCAAGGCUUUCAAGGAGGCUGCGGACUUUGGUGCCAUUAUCAUUACCAAGACUGAUGGCCACGCACACGGUGGUGGCGCCAUCUCUGCUGUCGCUGCCACGCAUACCCCGAUCGUUUUCAUUGGUACUGGUGAACACAUGCUGGACCUCGAACGCUUCGCGCCGCAACAAUUCAUCCAGAAGCUUCUGGGCAUGGGCGACAUCGCUGGCUUGGUGGAACACGUGCAAAGCUUAAACCUGAACCAACAGGAUACCAUCAAGAAUAUUCAGGAAGGCAUCUUCACAAUUCGCAAUCUGCGCGACCAGCUUUCGAACAUCAUGAAGAUGGGUCCGCUAUCCAAGAUGGCUGGCAUGAUUCCUGGUAUGAGCAACAUGAUGCAGGGCAUGGAUGAUGAAGAGGGAGGCAUGAAGCUGAAGCGCAUGAUCUACAUCUGCGACUCAAUGACGGAAAAGGAACUGGACUCAGACGGCAAGAUGCUCAUUGAUGAGCCCACGCGCAUGACCAGAAUCGCUCGUGGAUCUGGCACGUCGGUACGGGAGAUUGAGGAUCUACUGACGCAACAGCGCAUGAUGGCGGGCAUGGUCAAGAAGAUGGGUGGAAACAUGAAGAACAUGCAACGCGCCCAACAAGCCAUGAGCGGCGGCAACAAGGCCCAGCAGAUGGCGGCCAUGCAGAAGCGUCUCGCCAGCAUGGGUGGUGCUGGCGGUGCAGGUGGCAUGCCCGACAUGGGUUCGUUGAUGAAGAUGCUUGGCGGCGGUGGCGGCGGUGGCAUGCCUGGUAUGCCUGGCGGCAUGGACAUGCAGGCCAUGAUGCAGCAGAUGGGCAUGGGCGGCGGCGGAAUGCCGGGCAUGCCGGGAAUGCCUGGUGGCGGCGGCCGCGGAAGACGAUGA